AUCCCAAGUCCCAACCAAUUAAUCAAACACAGUAGUAAAAAUAAUUCAAAAUCAGAACGCCGCGCGCUCUUUUCUUCUUCACGCUCAUUUCCCAGAAUCGCCGAGCCAAUCUCUUUUUUCUCAGAACCACCGCGCCAAGCUCAAGCUCUUCUUUCCCAGAACCGCCGCGCCAAACUUCUUCUUCACAGAUUGCUCUUCCAAGUCUUCUUCACACAUUUCUCCUCUAAGUCGUCUUCUUCUUCUUCAUUACGUAGAAACGAAACUAUGCGAAUUUGCGGUUCAAUACCUGAUGAAAAACGCAAAAUGGGAUGCGAUUUGCAGUACAUCUGAGCGAAUUGCUUACUGCAUUUUGCGAUUUGCAGUACAAUUGGCUGAUCGAGCUUUGCCUGAUUCCAUUUAUUGUUAUUUUUUUGAAGCAAUUGUAUUGUCUUUGACUGCAUCAUGCUUACUUUAUUCUUUAGAUAGAGUAUGUUUGCUAUCCAAUAGGAAUAAGAUUUUAGAGAUCCUCUUCCCCUUGAUUUUAGGUUUAUGACAGGAUUUACCUUUUCAGUGUUUUUUGUUUUUAGGUUCCUCCUGUUUCAGUAUUGAUGCGUGAGAAAGGAACUCAUUUUUUGUAGUUCUUAUCAUAGGUAGCCAGUUUAUUCUCACUUCUGCUGAAAAUGGAAGGCUACCUGCAAAACUUUCCCAACCUAGUGCAUCUUAUUGAUAAUUCUGAUGCAAACUAUGUUUCUGGGCUCAGUACUAUUCUGGUUGCUACGAUACAGGAAACCAAAGAUAGGAUUUCUCAGAUAGAAUACAUCUUCUGCAGUCAACUGUUUCCGAAGUUUCAACUGAAUACACAAAGUCAAAGCCUUCAGAUGAUAUAUUCGGAAGCAAGGGAAGCUGCAGAAGAUGCAUACAAAAAAAAGGAAAAAGACCUGCUACUCCAGAUUAAGAAGCUUCAGUGUCAAAACCAGCAGGUUCUCGAAAAUAAUAAAUCGCUCAAGUUGGAGAAGGCACAGUUUGUCAACAGGGAAAACGAGUCCUGUAACCGCAUUAAUGAACUCCAGGGAGAGUUGAAUCAGAAAACUCUAGAAGCAAAUGAAAGGAAGGAGGUUCAACAAAACCUGCAGAAGCAUCUCGAAUCAAAAUCAUCCCUCUUGCAUAGCUUUGAAAAGACAAAACAGGAGCUUGAAGAAAAAAAUAAAAUGCUUCUGGAAAUGCAAAAGAAGCUGGUGCUUGAUACUGAGGGACUGCAGCAAGAGCUAACCAAGAAGUCUAAGGAAGUUGAUGAUAUGAUGGAGUUGCGAAAUGAGCUUCUCCAGGUAAAUCAAUCAAAAUCCUCUUUAGUUCUGCAGAAAGAAAACCAAUUGAAGGAUUAUGAAGAUAAAACUAAUGCGCUCAUUCUCAAACUUGAGAAAAUGGAGAGUAGAAUUAAUGAGCUGCUAUCAGAACUCACAGACAAGACCAAAGAACUUGAAAAGGGGAAGGAAUUGCAAGAAAAUUUGCUUAAGAAGAUUGAAUUUCAAGCUGCAGAAAUAAUGGAUAAUGAGCAAGUAUUAAAUAAUAAAGAGAAGGAGAAUAGGCUUCUUGCAUCAAAAGUAACGUGUUUGGUUGAACGUGCUGAUGAACUCCAAAAGGAACUUGGACAAAAGACUUCUGAACUUGAGGAGGUUAGAAAAGUGAAAGAUCAAUUACUCCGAAGAAGUGAUUCUUCUAAUCAUGAAAUAGCCAAGAGAGGGAAAGCGUUGGAAGAGCUUCAGGAGGAGAAGAAAAGGCCUCUGGAUAAACAGAAAGGCUUAGGAGACAGAGUUGAUAAGCUUCAGCAACAUCCCCCCGAGGGAAUGAAAGAGACUUCUGAAGGGAUGGAGCAGCAUAUGAAGUUGUUGCAACAGAUUGAAGCUAAAGAUUCUGAAUUGCUUGCAGAAAGGAUGAAAACGAGAGAUGUUAUUGUUUCCAGGAAGAUUCUGCUGUCUCGGCACAAGAGCCUGAUCUCCCAGUACAAUUUUCUCCUCCAAAAAUGCAAUAUUAGUGAAGAAACUCUGCCGCCUCUUGAAGGUGAAAAUGAUGUAAUGGGACACAAUCAGACUCCUGUGCCAUCGUAUGAUAUUGAGAAAAGUACAUUAAAGCCUUCUGAUCUCAUCUGUGAUAUUACAAAACCAGUGGAUGAGCAAGAAGUGUUAGAUGACAAAAAGAAGGCUGUACUAGUUCAGAGGACCAGCCCUGCCUCGCCUAAAACUUCCCGUAUUCUCAUUGCUCCAAAAUGCCCGAGUAGUUCAAAACCUUGUCCCUCAGCUAGUAUGAAACGCCCUCGUUCUUAUUGGAGGGACACGAGGUCCCAUCAGAGCCGUGUGGGACCUGAUCCCCAUGAUGAUUUCCUCGAUACGCCUCUGGAGAAUGUUAGAGAUAAUUUAGGGAAGGCCAUGAAGGUGGUUCAUCCAGAUCUUACUAAAUCGAGAGUGAUUAACAUGCACCUUGAUGACUCUGAUGAUCAAACACAGGACAUUAAUGCUGAUGCUAAAUCAAAUAAGCUUCACAAGUCACCUCCUAGGGCUGCAACAUCAGGUUUUAAGUAUGUGGAACCAGUACGAAAGAAAUCUGAGCGCGAAAGUCUGAAAGGUGUUGAAUGCAAACAAUGCAAGAAAUUCUAUGAUGCUGUUCUCCCUGGCGCCGGUGAAAACCCUGAUACUGAUAAGCAAAGCAGCCGCUGUGAACAUCACAAUGGAGUAUCUAGGCAUCGAUAUAGGUAUGCUCCUCCUUUGACUCCUGAAGGAUUUUGGAACAUCGGAUUUGAAUCUGAAAUGUAGAUUCAUGAGUUUAAUCAUAUAUUGAAUUUACAUACAAA